UCCUGCAGAUCCGCAGGCGACGAGCGCGAAGUUCUGGGCAAAGUCCUGGGAACUGGCGGCGCGGGGGGGACCAGAGAAGUGUGUUCGCCUCCUCCUGGGUCUGUGGAUGGGAACGAGGUGGCGUCCCCGGCGGCAGAGCGCGCAGGGAUUUCCUCUGGGUCAUCCAAAAUGCUUUCCGAGCAAACUGUGUAAGAGCUGAGCCACCUGCCCGUUUGGGACUGCCAUACUCUCUGCUCCACUGUCUCCCGAUGGCAUUUUGACUGCAUCGAGGCCACGUGACCUGCUGCUCAUGAUGAGUGACGAGAAGAACCUUGGGGUGUCCCCAAAAUUGGUCUCCCCUUCCAGGAGCCCGAGUACCUGCUCCUCCAAGCAGGGAAGUCGGCAGGACAGCUGGGAGGUGGUGGAAGGACUGAGGGGAGAGGUGAAUUACACCCAGGAGCCACCAGUUCAGAAAGGAUUUUUGCUGAAAAAGCGGAAGUGGCCCCUGAAAGGCUGGCACAAGAGAUUCUUCUAUCUGGACAAAGGAAUCUUGAAGUAUGCCAAGAGCCAAACUGAUAUCGACAGAGAGAAGCUGCAUGGCUGCAUCGAUGUGGGGCUCUCGGUGAUGUCUGUGAAGAAGUCAUCCAAGUGCAUAGACCUGGACACGGAGGAGCACAUCUACCACCUGAAGGUCAAGUCAGAUGACGUCUUUGACGAGUGGGUGUCCAAACUCCGCCACCAUCGGAUGUAUCGUCAGAAUGAGAUCGCCAUGUUUCCCCACGAAGUGAACCACUUCUUCCCGGGGCCCUCCGUCACAGACUCCGCGCCUGGGGUCUUGGACUCCCUCUCAAGUAGGAAGCGUAGCAGUAUAUCAAAGCAGAACUCGUUUCAAACCGGAGGCAAUUUAUCCUUUUCCUGUGGAGAGAUUCGCGUCCCAUUGUGGUUGCAGUCUUCGGAGGACAUGGAGCAGUGCUCGAAAGACCUGGCACACUGCCACUCCUACCUGGUGGAAAUGAGCCAGCUCCUGCAGAGCAUGGACGUCCUGCAUCGGACGUAUUCGGCGCCAGCUAUCAACGCCAUCCAGGGUGGAGCUUUUGAAACUCCCAAAAAGGAGAAAAGAUCGCACAGGAGGUGGCGGUCCCGAGCUAUUGGCAAAGAUGCUAAAGGAACACUACAGGUCCCUAAACCUUUUGGUGGCCCACAAAGACUGCAUUCUUCCAAUCCUAAUUUGUCAACACUAGAAUUUGGAGAAGAGAAAAAUAAUUCUGAUGGCUCUGAAACCUCAUCUGAGUUUUCUAAAAUGCAAGAAGAUCUGUGUCAUAUUGCCCAUAAAGUUUACUUCACUUUAAGGUCGGCUUUUAAUACCAUCUCAACGGAGAGAGAGAAGCUGAAGCAGCUGCUGGAGCAGGACGUCGCGUCCCCCUCCGCGCAGGUCAUUGGUCUGAAGCGUGCCCUGUCAUCCGCCCUAGCACAAAACACAGACCUUAAAGGACGCUUGCGCAGAAUCCAUGCCGAGUCCCUGCUCCUCGAGCCCCCCGCUGCUGACAGCCUGGCAGAGGAAAACUCCACCGAUGACAACCGGCCCCUGGUCCAUCAGCUUUCUAAUGAGAGCCGGCUCUCCAUCACUGACUCCCUGUCAGAGUUCUUCGAUGCCCAGGAAGUCCUGUUAUCGCCUAGCUCUUCAGAAAAUGAGGGUUCUGAGGACGAUUCAUAUGUCAGUGACAUAAGUGAUAACCUUUCCUUGGACAAUCUCAGUAAUGACUUAGACAAUGAGAGACAAACCUUGGGGUCCGUUCCUGAAAGCGGUGGGGAAGCCAAGUGCAGGAGGAGGACGUGCCUGCCGGCGCCCUGCCCCAACAGCAGCAGCGUCAGCCUGUGGAACAUCCUGAGAAAUAACAUCGGGAAGGACCUGUCCAAAGUGGCCAUGCCCGUGGAGCUGAACGAGCCGCUGAACACGCUGCAGAGGCUCUGCGAGGAGCUGGAGUACAGCGAGCUGCUGGACAAGGCCGCAAGCAUCCCCAGCGCCCUGGAGAGGAUGGUGUACGUGGCCGCCUUUGCCGUGUCGGCAUAUGCAUCCAGCUACUACCGCGCUGGGAGCAAGCCCUUCAAUCCGGUUCUUGGAGAAACAUAUGAGUGUAUUCGUGAGGACAAGGGCUUCCGGUAUUUUUCAGAACAGGUCAGCCACCACCCACCUAUCUCUGCAUGUCACGCUGAGUCUGAAAAUUUUGUUUUCUGGCAAGAUGUGAGAUGGAAAAACAAAUUCUGGGGCAAAUCCAUGGAAAUCGUUCCCAUUGGCACAACCCAUGUGACUCUGCCGGCUUUCGGGGACCAUUUUGAGUGGAACAAAGUCACCUCCUGCAUCCAUAACAUCUUAAGUGGGCAGCGGUGGAUUGAGCACUAUGGGGAGAUUGUCAUUAAGAACCUGAAUGACGACUCCUGCCACUGCAAAGUGAACUUCAUCAAGGCAAAAUACUGGAGCACGAACUCCCGCGAGAUCGAAGGUACGGUGUUUGACAAGAGUGGGAAGGCGGUGCACCGGCUCUUCGGGAAAUGGCAUGAGAGCAUCUACUACGGCGGCCCGUCCUCCUCCACCUGUGUCUGGAGAGCCAGUCAGUAUCAGGGGCAUCAGCCCCAGGGGAUGGUAGGAAAAAACUUGCAGAGAAGAAAAUGUAUAGGGCAGUGUUCAGCUGCUAACCAGGAUAUUUUAAUAGAAAUGGAAGAGUUCAGAGCUGAGAGAAAUGAUGACAGGUCUGAGAUGUUUAUUACCACUACUGACACUCGAUUUAGGCCAGACCAAAGGUUUCUGGAAGAAGGGAACGUGGAGGAGGCCGAGGUGCAGAAGCAGAGGAUUGAGCAGCUGCAGAGGGACAGGCGGCGGGUCUUGGAGGAGAACAACGUGGAGCACCAGCCGCGGUUUUUCAGGUGAGUGCCCAGGCCCUGCGGGG